AUGCACUUCGGAACUAUUCUUGCCUUCGCCGCGCUGGCUUUCAACCCAGCGCACACCUUCCCCAUUGCCAAACCAGCUCUUGCCUCCAAGAGUGACGGCGUCGAAGACUUCCGAUGCGAAGGAAGCCGAGUCUGGGACGCGCCUUCAAAAACAUGCCGUAUAUUACGCACCAGGCGCAGUAACCAUGAUGAUGACCUCCGCCAGCAGUGCGCCGCUCAAGGCAUGGUUUGGCGACAGGGAGCAUGCCGUUUUCGAAACAAUGUCCAACAAUGUGCGGCUGGCAUGGUGUGGCAAGACGGGGCGUGCCGAGUUAUCAACAACCUCCAAUCCUGCAUUGCUGCUGGCAUGGUGUGGCAGAAUGGGGUAUGUAUAGUACCCAACAACGGUCAAGAAUGCCCUGAAGGCAUGGUUUGGCAGGACGGGGUAUGUCGGGCUCGCAACAGUCUUCAGAACUGCGCAGCAGGCAUGGUCUGGCGUGAUGGAGCGUGUCAGUUUCCCAUCAACCGCCAAACGUGUAAUGCCAACGGCAUGGUCUGGCAAGAUGGCACUUGUCGGAUGCCCAACAACCGUCAGCUCUGUACAGCCCCAAUGGUGUGGAGUACCAGUACGAAUUCAUGCCAAUGUCCUGCGGGUAUGAUCCUACAGAAUGGAGCAUGUAUUCAGUCUUUGAAUGUGGAUGUUGACGGUGAGGGUGAUGUCGACGAUGAUGAUAUGGAGAAUGCGGCUCGAUGCCCUCCUAACCAGGUCUGGGAUGAUGGAGCCUGCCGAGUACAAGUUCGGCGCGUCAUGGGUCGACCGCAGUGUAAUGUCGACGCAGGUGAGCGGGCAUUUUGUGCGGCUGGCAGAAAUGACUGGGGGGCGUAUGGCUGUCCCACGUCAGCGUGGGCGUGUUUUAUAGCACCUGCACAAUCGGGGUCCCUUAGCCGAGUAGCGAUGAAGCGCGUAUGA